AUGGGUGCUGGUUCUCCUCCAGGCCCGGCCAAGCCGUCGGCCAUCCCGUCCCACAUGCUGAACGGUAGCUCACCCCUCCAAUCUUCCACGGCGGCGGGUAGUGGCACUCGGGUUCGUGAUAAUCGCGAACGCGAGAGCCUCAAUUCAUCUAUUCGCUCCUCAUUUGCGCCUCGUGUUCCCGCUGAAUUCGAGAACAUCGCAGCGGGGUCCCACUCUGUGGGUGAGCCCACUGCCUCCACCGCUGCCACCGCUGCCACCGCUGCCACCGACGCGGGAGCUGCUCAGACUGCCCUGAGCCUGCGCGGCAGAAUCUCCCUGAACGAGCCUCCCCGUGAUCCCCGGGAUGAGGGCGCCCCGUUGACCCCGCCGGCGACGUCAAGCCGCCCCGCCAGCCCCUACACUAUGAACCCUCCCGUCGACUUCGACGGUCUCAGCUGGCCCUGCCCCGGUACUCGGCAGCGCUUGGAAUCCACCCCCGAGGAGAACGAAGAGCGUAUCAAGAAACUUGCUGGAGCAGUGCGGACAAUUUUGGAAUGUGUUGGUGAAGACCCUGAGCGUGAGGGUCUCCGCGAGACCCCGGAGCGAUAUGCUAAGGCCAUGCUCUACUUCACCAAGGGUUACGAGGAGAAUGUGCGGGAUUUGAUCAAUGGCGCAGUUUUCCACGAGGACCACGAUGAGCUGGUCAUUGUCAAGGAUAUCGACGUAUUUUCGCUGUGCGAACACCACAUGGUGCCUUUCACUGGCAAGAUGCAUAUCGGCUACAUCCCGGAUCGUCGUGUCCUUGGCCUCUCAAAGCUUGCCCGCUUGGCUGAGAUGUUCUCCCGCAGACUUCAAGUGCAGGAACGUCUGACCAAGCAGGUUGCCCUGGCAAUUUCUGAGGUCCUUAAGCCCCGCGGUGUCGGCGUUGUAAUGGAAUCUUCCCAUUUGUGCAUGGUCAUGCGUGGUGUCCAAAAAGUUGGCAGCACCACGACCACCAGUUGCAUGCUGGGAUGCAUGCGUUCGAGUGCUAAGACCCGCGAGGAGUUCUUGACGCUAUUGCACCGGAGAUAG